AGGAUUCGAGAAGCCAUGUUCUUCCAGAUUGCCUCCGACGGCUGGAAGAAGAAAUUGAGCUAUAACGCCUCUUCAGUGGACCCCAAUAUGGUUAGAGGAAUUUGGGGGAAGUAAGGAAUCAAAAUGAUUUUGAGAGAGGUGAUGAAAUGGAAAAUGGCAAAGAUGAUCUCUAGAGGCGGAGGGAGAAUGAUUUUUGUGGAGGAAGAAAGAAGAACAGAGGAGUGAAUUGACAGAUGAGUGGGGCGG